AUGCACGCGUACACCGAGAGCCCGCUGCUCGUCGCGAACGCCGCGGACCUCGAGCGGUCGGUGGCCGCCGCGCCGCCGCCCCAGAGCACCGAGCAGGCGCGCCGCGACGGGCCGGCUCGGGACUCCCCCGCGUCGCUCGUGCACACGGCAGUGCGGUGCGACGCGUGCGACGAGGAGCUCCGCGGCCCGCGCUUCAAGAGCGUCGGGCGCGCGGACUUCGACCUCUGCGAGCCGUGCCUGCGGUCGGGCCUGUACUGGUCAGACGGGCCAUACGUCAGGCUCCUGCUGCCCAACCUCGAGGCCCGCAUCUCUGGGUCCAUGCGCUCGCACCUCCAGACGCACGGCGCGGAGCGCCUCCGCAACGGCAUCACGCACGCGCUGGAGAGCCGCGGCCCGGACGCGCCGUCCGUGGCCGUGCCGGCACCGCAGGCGCUGGCGGGCGACUCGCACCGCGCCACGCGGCUGUCGUCGCUGGCGCUGUCGACGCUGAUCUCGCAGUCGGCGCGCGCGAUCCGCGAGGAGCUGCUGCCGGAGAUGGAGGAGACGGCGAGGGCGCUGGAGGCGCAGGGCGCGCACCCAGCAUGGUCCUCGCAGCAUCCCGCGCGACAGGAGGCGCAGGCCAUGACGCUGCGGUGCGCGGGGCUGCUUGCCAACCAGGCCGCGACGAUCGGAGAGCUCUCGCGGGCCUGCACGGCGUCGGCGAUCUCCGCAGAGACGGUCCACGACACAGGCGCGGGGGGACAAUUCCCCGGACACCCCCUGGACGCCAUCAACUCCUACCGACCGAUCCUGCUGGCCCCCGGGACCCUCCAGCCGUGCCUGAGCGGGAGUGGGAUACUCCUCGGGCCCGGCAUGACCCCCGGGGCCCUCGCCCAGGCCAUGAUGAUGAUGGGGGGGGGUGUUGGCCCCGGGCCGGGCGGGCCGUCCACCGUGCGCGUCAUCCAGACGUCGGCGAACAACGGCGACGGCCAGAUGAUGAUCGCGGCCACCGUGUCGCUCGGGCCCGCGGGCUCUGAGACAGACCGGGACGACACUGGCGCGCAGGCGGGCGCGCAGGCGGGCGGAGACGCGGCGCGCGGCGAGGGCAGGCGCGUCUCUGGCGCCGUGGAGCGCAGCAGAGGCGACCGGCCGCGCAGUGCCAGGGAGCAGGGCGCGCCUCGCCACCCUGCGCCGCCGCGGGCCGCAGCCGACUCCCCCCAGCCCCCGGGGGAUGCUCCAGCGCCGCCGGCGCCCGAGCAGCCGCCGAGCCUCGCGGACGGCCUGAGGCGCGGAUUCGCGCCGUCGCGGAGUGCGCAGGCAGCCCCUGGGCCCUCCGCCGCGCCGACGGCGUUCCUCGACAGCCCCGCGUCAAGGGGGGGGUCUUCUCUGCCCGCCACGGACGCCUUCCGGGAGCUGCUGGACCGCAUCGAGGGCGGCGCCGUCGGCACACCGCCGCCGGCGUCGUCCCCGGCGCGGGGCCCGUCCGUGCGGCCCACGCAGGCCGCCACGUCAGGCGGCGUACCUGUCGAGACGUCCGAGUCAGCCGGGCCCCGGAGACUCCCCCCCCGCCCCCCCAGCAACCGCAACUCGCAGGUCACGCCGCCGAGCACGCCGCCGAGCGAUCGCUCGCGUUCGCCGAUGCGCCUCCGCGGCGCAACCCCCCCGCAGACCCCCCCCCAGCAGCAACCGCCGCAAGCACCGCCGGGCGGGUCGCAGGCGCCCCCCCAGAUGGCCGCGGCGCUCGGCGACCUCAUCAGCGCCCUCGGCGCGCACCACGGCGCGGGAGGCGAGGCCGGGCCGGGCGGCGCAGUCCCCCCCAACCUGUCGUCCGCCCUGACAGGCCUUGUUGACGCGAUGGGGGGGUUCCCGCAGGCCCCCGGGGGAGCGGCUGCGCCUCCUGGAGGAGGACCGGGGCAGCCGCGUCGCGUGGUGAUUCGGUUCGGGAGCGACGGUGCGCCGCUGCCGCCGCAGGGCAGCGCCGCUCCCGGGCAGGGGGGGGGUCAGGUGGGGCCGUUCCAACUGCCCCCUGACGUGGCGAGGCAGCUCGCGGCGUCGUUUGCGGGCUUGAUGCGGCCGCCGGGGAGCGGGGACGGAAAUGCGGGCGCGGGCAGCGGUGGCGCGCCGCAGGGCGACGGUGCACCUUGA